CAAUUGCCCAUCACUAAACAUUUAACCGUCGCAGGAAUUCAAACGUUUAGUGGCUUUGUUUCGAUUGCAAAAUGUAAAACUAAAUUCAAUAUUAAUAAAUAUCUAGUAAAAUGGCGGAAAAAUUAAAGGACUACCAAGUUAUAGACGUUUUCUGCGGCGGUACGUUCUACAAAGUGCGACACAAGGUCACCAACAACAUAUUUGCGUGGAAGGCGUACGAUUGCUCCGCGUUCAGUAACGAACAAAUACAAAACGUCGCUAACGAAGUGAAAACGAUAAGUAAAGUGACAUCGAAGAGCUUAUUGCAAUACUACGACACCAUUUUCCACACCCCGUCAAAGACAUUGUACUUUGUCCUUGAAUACAAUUCGUGGCGAAGCGUAAAGGAAUUGAUCGCAGUGUGCAAGGCCACCGACAAGUUCAUCGCUGAGAGCUUCAUCUGGCACCUGCUGCGGGAGCUGGCCCGCGUCUGCAAGGUUAUCGAAGACUUACAUGUAGUCGUGAUACGAAAAUGUAUAAAUCCGGAUUCUAUCUAUGUAGACGAGAGUGGCGAGUUGAAGAUCAAUUGUUUCGAGCUGACGACGGCGGCGGGCUCCGAGGACGUGAUGCGGCAGGUCGGGGAGGUGCUCCACACUCUCUGCUACCGUCCUGGCGCCAGCGACGAAAAGAUCAAAGAGUUUCACUACAGUGACGAUCUCCGAGGAAUCGUCAGCUUCCUGAUGGAUCAUAGGAAUGCCAAUAUGCGCCCAGACGUCGUCCUGUACCAUCCCACUGUCCUCAUGAACUUGGAAAACAAUACUCAGCCCAAAUGUUGGAAUGAAAUUUUCAUCUCGGUGGAACAUAACUAUUCAACAUCAGAGGUGAACAAAUGUGAUUCAGAGAAGGUUGUGGAGUUGUGCAGAACUGUUGAGCCUCUUCCUAGGACACUCUUCAACAUAACAGACAGUCCUAUUUACUGCAACAUCAGCCCCAAAAGAAAAUCAAACGCAGUGAUUGAAAAGGCCAUCCCGCCACAGAGUCCUCUGUCUCCAACACUGGCUGCACUUGCUCUAGAGCUGCCUGGAUUCGUGCCUCGCAGCAGGAAGCCCCUCAUUGAUACCUUGGCCAAGUACACCUGUCCCCAGCAGGUGUCGCAGGACACACUGAGUGAGCAGUGGCUGUCGCGCAUUGCGGCGCUGCGCCAUCGCGAGGAGUCGCUCAACAAGAGGGAGAGAGACCUCAUAGCUAAGGAAAUAGUGAGCAGUCCAUCUACAAAGAUUAUCCCACUGAAUGUGUCCCUGGACUUGGCAAGUAAUGGUGCAAGCAAUGGCAUCACCCUGCCUCCAAUGAUCACUCAGGCGGCGGAAGAGAGGCGGCCUCGCGUGCCGCGGCGCCGGCGCUCGCGCACGCGCAGGAGGAGCUACGCGUACGAGGACCUGGACAGCUCGCUGUCGGCGGACGCGGGCGACGGCAGCAUCAUCAUCACCGCCACCAAGUUCACCAAGGACAACAUGCCGCGGCGCAACAUCUUCCCCGACGUGGCCACUAAGAAGGUACACUUCACAUCCAACAAUCCAUUCACUGAGAGUGAUGACAGUGUUACUUUGACUUUCUAUGAGCUAGACAAUGUGGAUGCUGAAGGGUAUCAGGUGCCGAGGCAGGAGGCCUUGGCUAAAGACAUCAGCAAGUUUAAGUAUUUGGAUUUGAAAAAGUCAUCUUCAGAGAAGAGAUCCUCCAUGCAGUGGUGUCACUCUUCUCCCUCUAAGCAGGCGAGAACUAGCAAGAAUAUAUUUGGUGAUAUAACAAACACAAAUCAAAGCAGUCUGAGGAAGACUCCCUCCAAAACCAGCCUCACUUCCAGAGGAUCCAACACGUCUAGGCAGUCCAUGUUCUCAUGCAGGAGCCACUGGAGCAUGGAGUCCAGCAGCACUAAGGUGAGUGAGGGGAGCAUCUCUGAGAGGACUCGCUCAGCCAUGAGGCAGGGGGCGCCACAGACCCCUGCCCCACCUCCUGAUGGUAAGAAGUCUAAGAGUCGCAAGUCCCUGCUCAGCUUCAAGACACCCUUCAAGUUUAUGACUUCAACUAAAAUCUAGUUUGACAUACAUGUCAUAAUUAAGUGUCUCUAAAUUGUGAAUUUGAUCUCUGAUGAAAUUAUUUGGAUGAAAUUCGUUUAUAUGAUUAGAUUAUAGUAUCAGAUGCACUGGUAUAUAUAUAGUAUUGGUUGUGGUUUAUAUGUUAAGUUCCUUAGUUAAAGCUAGUGAUUAUUUCAUUUAACUGUAGCAUCUCAUAGAAUACUUGUGUUGUUAUAAAACUACUAAUUCUAUGAUUUGACAUUUUAUUUUGUAAAUAAUGAUAUGAAAUACGGACAUCAACCCACCCUAACCUUAGAAUAGUGAAAUUGUAUAAAUGUUUUAUAUAAUCAAUUUAUUUUUCGUAUUUUAUUAUAAAACAUACUUAUAAUUUUUUAUUGUGUAUGCUAAAUCAUACAUACACCUUGUUUUACAACAUAAUGGUUUGUAAAUAAUUCAAAUUGGAUAUAUUUGCCAUAAAUGCAGAUUAUAUAUUACAAAAAAGAUAUAUAUUAAAAAAUAUAGGUUUAUUUACAGUUUGGUUUCUUGUAUAUGUCAUACUGUGCAAGAUGUGUGAUCAACUUACUGAAGUUUAGUCGAUUGUCUUCCAGUUUCUUACACAAUUAUUGUAAUCAUAGGCAUUGAGUUAGAAUCAAAUUAUGUCUUAGAUAUAAGGGUAAAAGUAAGUGAGUGUAUGAGGAAGUUUGUUGCCAUGAAUUUGUACAUCUUCUUUAGAGUAGGGUAAUGUAAGUUAUAGCAAUAAGUAUAAAUAAACAUAAAAAAGCUCA